UUUUCUUUGAAAAAGAAUGUGAAAGGUUGUGGUGGUUGCUGAGUAAUUGAAGGUUUCAAAACAAACCGUAACGACACAUUGAGCUGUGAAAGUUUAAAGGAGCACCGCAAAUAUUUUGCUUUGCUGUUUAAAAAAAUAUAUCAUUUUUGGUUGAGCGUUGUGAAGUGGCGCAGCCUUGUCUAUGUCCCGAAACUAUUGGCCGGAAGUGCGCUUGUGGACGAAACGAUAGCCCAGCCCAACAACCCGCCUCCUCCCCUCCCUUUACCGCUCGCUCGCUCUCGGUUCGCCCGCAGCAGUCGCCUUCUCGGGCAGGUUUCACUUCAGAGAUGGCUGCGAAAGUGUGCAGGUCGGUACUCCUCCUGUCCCGGAGCAACGGAGCGCUGGCAGCCGGUUUCCCCGCACUGGUUGUCUCCUCACAUCGACACCACCAGCACAUAAGACCGGAGGCGCUGUCUGCCCACCUCGCCCAUCAGACCGUGAGGAGAGCACAUGGCCUGCGGUCGGCGCCCAGAUCUCCUCUCUUCGCCCCGCCCCCCACGCUCCUGUCACCUCAGGGUUUGAAGGCUGUCCCCACAUGGCAGGCUCAUAGACUGCUGUGCUCCUCUGCUGCAGCGCCCCCUGAAGAGGUGACGGUGGCGUAUCAGAAUGGCCUCCCAGUGAUCUCUGUCAGUCUGCCGUCCCGGAGGGAGAGGUGCCAGUUCACCCUGAAGCCACUCAGCGACUGUGUGGGGGUUUUCCUGCAGCAGCUCCAGGCCGAGGACCGGGGCAUCGACCGCGUAGCCAUCUACUCCACAGACGGUGCGAGGGUGGCUUCCUCUACAGGCAUCGACAUACUGCUCCUGGAUGACUUCAACCUGGUCAUCAACGACACCACACACCUGGUGCGGCCACCCAGGAGAGACCUGCUGGCACACGAGGAGGCAGAGAGGCUGAACGAUGUGAAGUUUCUGGUGCAGCAGCUCUACACCACCCUGCGCAUCGAGGAGCACCAGCUGGGCAAGGAGCGCGAGAUCGUGGGCCGGCUGGAGGACCUCAACUCCCAGCUCCGUCCGCUGGAAAAGGUGCGGGAGGAGCUGAGCAGGAAGGCGGCCCGCAGGACCACCUGGGUGCUGUGGGGGGGCGUGGCCUACAUGGCCACGCAGUUCGGCAUCCUGGCCCGCCUCACCUGGUGGGAGUACUCCUGGGACAUCAUGGAGCCCGUCACGUACUUCAUCACCUACGCCACCGCCAUGGCCAUGUACGCCUACUUCGUCCUCACGCGCCAGGAGUACAUCUACCCCGACGCCAGAGACAGACAGUUCCUCCUGUUCUUUCACAAGGGCGUGAAGAGGACCCGCUUCGAUAUCGAGAAGUAUAACAAACUGAAGGGCGACAUUGCUGAGGCGGAGUGAUCUGAAGCUGUAUUGCGGGACCCCCUCCAACUGCAGCUCCCAGUCCAGCAGCUCACAACCAGCAAGGAUUGAUGGGAAGAGUCCCCCCCCACGCCCUCCCUUCCCUCUUAUUCAUCCCUCAUUCUCUCCGUCCGCCCCGUUCUGCUGCCCUCCUCCCUCUCUCUCCAUCUCUCCUGUCUCUCUCUCCAACAGCCCAUCACUUCAGCAAUGGGGGAAAAGUUUUUUUUGUUUUUUAUUCUUUUUUUGUUUUUUUUUUGUUUUUUACUUUUCUGACUGAAAACCAAGAAAAAUAAUAAAAAUCAGAGUCAGAGGAGAGAGGCUAACGAAUACAACAAACUGAUCACUUCUCACGAAGGAGGGACGAAACAAUGAUUUGCAAGGAAGUUGGACGAGAAAACAAACUUUACUCUAAACCGCAAAAGGAGCGGCACGUGUUGGCUCGGUGCAGGAAGUCAUGCUGCCGGACAGGAAGUGACCUCAGCGUUUCAGUUUGUGGACAAGAGACAUCGAUACAGAGGGGAUGCAUUUUGUUGGGUGAUGAAAUCACCCCUCUCACCACCCACUCCCUCCCCCAGUGGAAUAUGGCAACCGCACCUGACCCCCCCCCCCCCCACCCCCACCCCAAAACCAAAAAAAAACCUGCUUUCAGUAGCCACACAGAGGAGCUGGCCACAGUGCUAUUCCUGUGACUCUCUUCCACUGUACUCUUCAUGUUCUCUCAGCCCUCCUGUGCUGGUUCAGUGGCGAGGGAGGGGCCGGCCGUCACUGGAUAUUUGGGGGAUGUCACAGAGCAAAGAAGGACCCUGCAGGGCGUGUCUCUCCAUACUCCAUACUUUACUCCACACUCCAGACGUGUUGUGGAAAGGGACAGUACCUCCUGGUUGCCACUCCAGACGUGUUGUGGAAAGGGACAGUACCUCCUGGUUGCCACUCCAGACGUGUUGUGGGAAGGGACAGUACCUUCUGGUUGCUUCCCUCCCUCCCCCCCUCUCCUGGCAGGGUUCUUCUUUCCUGUUUGUGUUGGUCUCAGCGUCCACAUCCCAAAUAUGCUGCCACUCCUCUCUACCCCCCUACGGAGACCCCCUCCCUCUGUAUGACGGACAGCGGCUGAAUGUCUGAUACGCUAAUAAAGAGCUUUACCAGGAGCCUGUGUCUGCCUGGGCAGGUGACGUUGCACUUCCUGUCUGUGACUUCCUGUUUGGACCUGGUGUGUGUGGCUGAGAGUGCUACUAGGCAAAAAAACAUCACUGUGUGUUUAAUUAUUCCAAAUAAUUUUUUUGGAACAUUUUAUUUUGAAAGCCAUAAUAAUAACAACUUUGUUAAAAAAGACAAAAAGGAGAAUCAAUCAAAAUGAUGACUUUUUCUCAUUGGGGAAGAAACCCCUUCUUUUUCCAUCCAGUCCAUCAUACGCACCCACACACUGAUGUGGCUUCACCGUCCAUCCCACGCAGUCCCACAGAUUCUCACGGUUUCUCACACUCACACACACACGCACACUCACGCGCACACUCACACACACAAACACACACACGCACACACACACUCACACACACACGCACACUCACUCACACACGCUCACACACACAAACACACACACGCACACACACACACACACCCUCUCUCUGCCGCUGUGUAGGCAGACUCAUGUGCUGAUACCUGCUGUUUUCAGGGAUACCGUGUAAAGGCACAAUCUCCACCUCUCUCCGCUGUCCAACCCGAGGCAAUGAGUGCUGCUCAUGGUCUGCAUGUACCGUCACAGAAACAAACUAAACACUUCACUACAUCUCCCACAGUGCCUCGUUGCCUCUAAUACCCAGGGUGCAGUGCGACUGGCGUCGCUGUUCCGUCCCUCACCACAGAGAUUCUGAGGGUUACAGAGUGUAGCGGUGUUGAUGUGCGGAAGCAACCACCUCGGAACAUAACGUAGGGGUGUCAAUAAGUGGGAGGAUCCAUCUUCGGAUUUUGUAUAGGGGUAUCAGCCAAUGGGAGAAACCGACUUUAAAAACUUGCUUAGAUGUUUCAGCAAGCGAGUGGAACCGUCUUAAUGUUUAUAGGGUGCCAGUUAACAGGGGGAUUGUGCUGGUAUCCAGUGUCGUCUGUUUUGGUCUGACAGCUGCUGUCGUUUUCGUGUACAUCUGUGGAGCAGCCUACGGACUCUCCAGUUUUAAAAAAGGGAAGAUUGAAAUGAGAUUAGUGUCAUAUUUUCUAGCCGUGCUCUGAGUUUUGUUUGAGAUGAAGGUUUGCUGGAGAGAAAUGCUUGCGCAUCUUGGCACCUGCUCCCUGAAACGCAUCCUCCAUCUGAAAGAUAUUUACGAGAUUAAUAGGAUUAAACUGUUUAAUUACAAUUACUGAGCUGAGUGUGUCUUUCAGAAGUUUUUCUUCCUGUUUAUUCCCAUCUAAAAUAUUAGCUUUUAAGAUGAUUGCUGGAGUCAAGUUGGACAUUCUGAUAAUGAGAAGAGGCUUAAAAUACUAGGUGUGCAUAUUCGCAACCUUUUGUUGAGUAAAUGAGUUGGCUAUUCAUUUGCAGCUGGUUCAUAAAUAUUUGGUUCCCUCACACACCUAGCCUAGAUGCACAGUUGUGACCACAGUUGUGAGUGGGGCACCUCGCAGAACAGUAGUUCAACUUUUUCUUUGUUGUCAUGUUUUGUUUUGUUUUCUCUCCAGACCCGAGCCUUUGUGGUUUUUAAAGCCAUAUCUGUUUUUCUGUUCCGUAGUUAAUUUGCUGAGCUCUACCUGUAGUUCCCUGUGUGUCGCUGUGAGGGAUAGUCCUGAAAGCUCUGGUCUGUGUCUGAUUUAAUGUAGCAGCAGCCAGGCCUCUGUGAGCUUCCCAGAGUGGAAGCCUCCAGUCGUCUGUUCUUGGUUUGUAAAGCACAAUCGCCCUGCUCUACCAGGCUGGAGACACCGGCUAAAGGGAGAGAGAGUAUCUUGUUAUCGGCUGCAUCCGCUGCUGGUGUGUGUGCACGUGUGUGUGUGUGUGUGUGUGUGUGUGUACGUGUGUACGUGUGUGUACACGCUCUUGUUUGUGCGUGAGCACGAGUGUGUACACGUGUGUGUGUGUGUGUGUGUGUGUGUGUGUGUGUGUGUGUGAGAGAGAGGGAGCGCCUCGUCUUGAUAGAAAGUAGGAACUGCAGUGGUGUCAGGAUGACAACAGGGAUUUUUCUUUUUUGGCAAAAGGAGCAAACGGAAACGGUAGCGCUGAAUAGCGUUUGUAAGAUUAGUUUGUCAGUCUGAGGGAGAUUUGAGACACGGGGGCCUGGAGUUUACAUGGGUGGAUGUGAAGGCACAAUGAUGUGUUCUUUCUGUUUGGGAGGAGCUGUGGGGCUAAGAUGGCCAAGUGAAAACCACAUAAAAUUUAAACCUUGACACCGCCCCCCUCCCCAACACACACACACACACACACACGCACACACACACACACACAUAGACAAGUACAAUCCAGUGUGUACAUGGAUACAUGGAUACUGAUCAAUAAUACCCUCCAUGAUCGAUAAUGUGAUCUGUAAUGUUUUCUCUGAAGAGUCACAUGAUCGAUACGGUCGUAUAUCGGGGGCAGUUGGGAGGGGGGGACCCUCCGCCCCCUGACUGCCCCCUGCUCCCUGACCGCCCCAACUCCACCCCAUCUCCAUACCUUUAUCUCAUCACACCGUUUCGUUCUUUUUCCUUUACUUUCCUUUUUUACCAAAACAAAAAAAAUAAAAAUUCAAUAUAUCAGAUAUAGGGAACUUUAUUCUAAAGCGGGUGUUGCAUGAAUGUAUGUUUACAAGGGGAAAAAUUAUAUUUAAAAAAAGACAUUUAAAAAAAGAAACUAAAUGAACAAUUUUAAAAAAUAUACUGAUUUUUGGAGAGCGCCGUUCACAAAGAAAUGGAAUCCUGGUCGCCCGGGGCAACAGUGAGGAUGCUUGCUGUGGCUCUUGGGUUGGGCCAGCUGACCCCCCACCCCCACCCCCACCCCGACCCCUGACCCCUGACCUCUUUCGUGUGUAGCUAUGAGGCCCGUGUUUGAGCUGUAGUGUAGUAGGAGCGAGCCCUGUGUCCAUCCUCAGACAGGGUGCUUCAGCGGGCCUAACGGAGACGGUUGUGACCCCUGGGGUGGUUACAACUGCCCUUCUGCCCCCAGCGCUCCACCCCCUGCCCCUUCCCUCUCCCGAGCUCAGACCAGAGACAGCAUGUAGGCCCCCCCCCCCCAGAGUGCACGUCCCCCCCCCCCGUCCCUUUAAUCACUUCUUUUCUUUCCUUUUCGUUUUUCUCAUACACCCUUUCUUUUUUCUUUAUUGUUUUGAUGCGUGCAUUGUUUUAAAGUUUUAUCCUGUUUGCGUGCACUUAUCAAAGACUAUAAAAAGAUGUUUUAAAAAUAAAAAAAGUUUCAGAAAUAAAGGUUGAAGCAGGAUGUAGGAUCUCAUUAUUGUUUUUCUUUGUAUUCUGUUUUUGUUUCUUCGGUUGGCAUCGGAUGCUGUAAUAUUGAAAGAGAUGAGAAAAAAAACAAAAAAAAUGUAAAAUCCUGUAUCAUUUAUGAAAUAUGUAUAAAAGAGAAAUGUAAUUCAGUUAUCAAUAAAAUACUUAUCCAGGUUUUGGAAA